UGGGGACGUCGCAUCUCGACUUUCUGGUAGCCAAUAAACGGCGUGAUAUCGCCUGUCAACCAUACAUAUUCACCCAGGUCCGCAAACACAUUGUCGGUCUCGUGAAUUGUCACUACUCGCCACACUCGCGAUGGCCGCCCAGUCGACAUUGCUGCGCCAUGUGCCGGCCUCCGUUUCAAAUCGUUCCCUGAAGCAGCUGCUCAAGGAUCUCACCACCAUCUAUUCCAACAACAGGACCCGUAUCUCACAGACCAUAUAUGUCGCUCUUUUCCUGACGCUCAUCCACCGUAUCCGCGGCGCGAUCAAGGCGCAGAAAGCUGCAGCAGCAAGAGCAGCAGAGAACCGUCGAAAGGGUGUCAGAGCUGCUGGUGAAGAUGGCCAGGGCAAGAAAAAGGUGGAGUUGAACAUGGAGUUCUUCCGAAGCAUCUUUCGCCUACUUCGAAUUGUCAUUCCAUCAUGGAAAAGCAAAGAGGCGCGCCUGCUUAUGAGCCACUCGGUCUUCUUGGUUUUAAGAACCCUGAUCAGUUUGUACGUGGCCGAAUUGGACGGUCAGCUUGUCAGCAGUCUCGUGCGAGGCAAAGGCAAGGACUUCGUCAAGGGACUCGUAUGGUGGAUGCUGGUCGCGCUACCUGCUACAUUCACAAACUCAAUGCUUUCAUAUCACCAAACCAGCCUUGCUUUGGCUUACCGAACCCGCCUCACUAACCACAUUCACAACCAAUACCUUGGCGACAUGACCUUCUACACGCUUUCAGCCCUCGACGAUCGAAUAAAGAAUGCCGACCAGCUUAUCACCGUGGACGUGACCAAAUUUUCCAACAGUCUUGCAGAGCUAUAUUCUAACUUGGCGAAACCGGUGCUAGACUUGGUCAUUUACAACUGGAGCCUGUCGAAGAGCGUUGGUGGUGAGGGUCUUUUCGCCAUGACUGCGAUUGUACAAUUGAGCGCCAACCUUAUGAGAGCUCUUACACCGCCGUUUGGAAAAUACGUUGCCGAAGAGGCACGACUUGAGGGCGAAUUCCGCUUCCAGCACUCACGUCUCAUUGACUACAGCGAAGAGAUCGCGCUGUAUGAUGGCCAUGAAGCGGAGAAGGACACUGUCGACAAGGGGUACUUCACUCUCAUCAAACAUGUGAACCGUAUUCUCCGACGAAGACUCUACCACGGAAUUAUGGAAGACUUUGUUGUGAAAUACUUCUGGGGUGCCCUUGGACUUUUGCUCUGUUCUGUGCCGGUGUUCUUUGAGACUCCAGGCGGUGGCAGUGGAAAGGGAUCAGGAGACCGCACAGAGAACUUUGUCACCAGCAGGCGACUGUUGUUGUCGUCCAGUGACGCGUUCGGACGACUGAUGUUUUCAUACAAGGAGAUCACUCAGCUUGCCGGCUACACCAGCAGAGUCAGCCUGCUUCUUGAUGUCAUCGCCGACAUCCAACGCGGCCACUUCGAAAAGGCACUCGUCUCUUCAGCGUCAACCGACUCCAAUGCUGCUGUCUUAGCUGGCCGAGGAGAGCUUGAGGAGGGCGAGGAUAUCAAAUUUGUGGACGUACCGAUUGUCUCACCCAAUGGUGACGUGCUCGUCAAAGCACUUUCAUUCCACAUUGGUCGAGGCGAUCAUUUGCUAAUCGUCGGUCCCAACGGUUGCGGUAAGAGCAGUCUGUUCCGCAUCCUGGGCGGACUGUGGCCCGUCUACGGAGGAAAAGUGCGCAAGCCACCGAGUGAAGACAUCUUCUACAUCCCACAGCGACCGUAUCUCAGCAAGGGAACGCUACGACAACAGAUCCUGUAUCCCGACAAUUUAUUGGACAUGCGUGCCAAGGGUAUCACAGAUGCUGAUAUUGUGGUGAUUAUGAAGUCAUUGGGAUUGGAUGAGUUGCUGGAGCCUGCGAAGUCCAGAGAGCUGGAGCAAACACCCGCUGAUUCCCGAUCGAUCAAGAAAGCCGCCAAAAUCAACCCCCUCGACGUGGAGAAUGAGUGGACCGAUGUCUUGAGUACUGGAUUCCAACAGCGCAUCGCCGCCGCUCGUCUUUUCUACCACAAGCCCAAGUACGCCAUCAUGGACGAAUGUACCUCUUCACUUACCGCUGAGACAGAGAAGGUCAUGUAUGACGAAGCAAAGAAGCUUGGGAUCACGCUCAUGACUGUCUCUCACCGUCGAUCGCUAUGGCGCUACCACAACUGGAUCUUGCAGUUUGAUGGUCAAGGAGGUUUCGUCUUUACCAAGCUGGAUGCGGAAUCGCGCCUGCAGCUCGAAGAUGAGAAGGAUGAAUUAGACCUCCAGCUCCGGGCUGUGCCAGAAUGGGAGAAGCGGAUUGCCGAAUUGGAAGCUGGUGAAGCGCAAUGAGUCGAUUUGCAUUGCUCUGCUGAUGAUGCUUGAUGAAGUGCCUUUUUGUAAAGUAUCGCCUUUGCCAGGCGAGGAAUUUUAAUUCGUUAGUAUUUGCAAUAUGAAACGCCGGAGUCGUCAGAGAUGGUGCAAAUCUGAACCGAUCAAUGGAGGAGUACUGGAGUAUUGCAAAGUCCUUUUCGGUGAUCUACCUCAAGCAUAAUCUUCAACACCGCCAUACCUUGAGGCGCAAUCGGACCAUGGCCUCCAUGCACCUUUAUAUGAAGGAUGCCCGUGGUGGUUGGUACUUUAUUUGCCUGGCGAUAUACAUGAAGCAUAGACUUGAUCAAACCCGCUUCCAAC